ACACCAAGGAAACCAAUGAUAAAUAAAUCAACAAAGUUUAUAACUUCAAAUUUCAUAGAACCAUAAGCAUAAGUGCAAGUUGUUCAUGAGAGUAAACAUGGCUAAAUUUGAAAAAUUGUUAGCAGUUAUUUUUAUCUGUGCAUUCAUACCCAACAUAAUCCAUGUAAAAGCCAACUUCACGAAAAGUAUGUAUCUCACCUGGGGUUUUCAACAUGCAUCAAUUAUUGGCGAAGAUCUUCACCUUGUCUUAGAUAAAUCCUCAGGAUCAGCUGCUCGGUCGAAGAGAUCUUUCUUAUUUGGAAGUAUUGAAAUGUUAAUCAAGCUGAUACCUGGUAAUUCUGCAGGAGUAGUCACCGCCUACUACUUAUCUUCUGAGGGAAGCCAACAUGAUGAGAUCGAUUUUGAGUUCUUAGGUAACAGUACAGGACAACCAUAUACGGUCAAUACAAACAUAUAUACACAAGGAAAAGGUAACAAAGAGCAACAAUUUCACCUCUGGUUCGAUCCAACUGCUGAUUUUCACAAUUACACGAUUCACUGGAAUCCCACAGAAAUUGUGUGGUAUGUCGAUAGCAUGCCAAUUCGGGUUUUUCGAAACUACGAAAAUGAAGGCAUUAGCUAUCCCAACAAACAAGGAAUGAGGGUUUAUACAAGCCUAUGGAAUGCAGAUGAUUGGGCGACAAGAGGCGGACUUGUGAAAACCGAUUGGAGCAAUGCACCAUUCAAGGUAGAUUUUCAUCGUUUCAGAGCAAGGGCUUGCAAGUGGAAUGGAGCCGCGACCAUUAAUCAGUGUGCCGCUAAUGUCAAAGCAAAUUGGUGGACAUCUUCCAAAUACAAACAACUGAGUUAUGGCAACAUAAGACAGUUGAUUUGGGUUAGGAAGAAUUUCAUGACCUAUGACUAUUGCAAAGAUUACAAAAGAUUCAAUGGACACAUCCCUCAUGAAUGCUUCAAAACACAACUCUAAUCCUAAUUCGAAUUCUAAUCGUAACAUUUGUCGAGAAUAACCAUUUGUUUGCAAUUAUUCACCGAUCUUGGUGAUUUAGUGAUUUCAUUCUUGUACUGAUCAAUAAAAUUAUCAUAUAAAUGAAAUAAUAACAAAUUCCAUG